AGGAUAUGAGUAUUAGCAUCAGCAUAUGCGCCUUCCCCCCCAUUCUCGGCUGGACGUCCAUCCAUCUCGCCUUUUCAGCUAUUGAAACCUGCCCGUAGAUUUUUCCUCGGGCAAUUUGGAAUCUGGCCUGCUUCCAACAGCUUCUAAAGUUUCGAGCAGAUGCAAAAAGAGAGGGAGAGAGAUGUGGAGAUCGUAGAGUAUAAAUAAGUCACACCGGUUAGAACGCUACUUUGUUUUCUCGUCUGAUCCAACCGAGUUACAGGACAAAUGUGGUUAGAAGCAGGGCGAUACUGAGUGGAAGUAGCUUCCUAGUGUGUUUUCGAUCUGAAUUUCUGUGAAUUUUUGUCUUCUCCGAUCCGGACCGUAGCGGAGGGCUUAAAAUGUGGAAUCUGGCUCGAGCGGCAGCGUCGAAUCUGCGCCAGGCGCGGCGGUUCUCUGCUGCGAUUCCAGGUCCUUGCAUCGUGCAUAAGCGCGGGGCCGAUAUUCUGCACGAUCCAUGGUUUAAUAAGGAUACUGGCUUUCCUUUGACAGAAAGAGAUAGGCUUGGACUCCGUGGCCUCCUUCCACCUCGUGUUAUGUCAUUUGAGCAGCAAUAUGAUCGUUUCAUGGAAUCAUUUCGAUCCCUGGAGAAAAAUACCCAUGACCAACCAGAUAAUGUUGUGUCCCUAGCUAAAUGGAGAAUCUUGAACAGACUGCAUGACAGGAAUGAGACAUUGUACUACAGGGUUCUUAUUGAUAACAUUAAAGAUUUUGCUCCUAUUAUAUACACUCCAACUGUGGGAUUGGUAUGCCAAAACUAUGGAGGUUUGUUUAGACGACCACGCGGGAUGUACUUCAGUGCAAAAGAUAAAGGAGAGAUGAUGUCCAUGAUAUAUAACUGGCCAGCUGAAGAGGUUGACAUGAUAGUGCUGACAGAUGGAAGCCGCAUUCUUGGCCUUGGUGACCUUGGGGUUCAAGGAAUUGGGAUACCUAUAGGAAAACUUGAUAUGUAUGUUGCUGCUGCUGGCAUCAACCCACAGAAAAUACUUCCAGUUAUGUUAGAUGUUGGAACCAACAAUAAAAGGCUUCUUGAAGACCCUCUAUAUCUUGGAUUACGACAACCUCGUUUGGAAGGAGAAGAAUAUCUAUCCAUUAUUGAUGAAUUCAUGGAAGCUGUUUUCAGACGUUGGCCGAAGGCUAUAGUACAGUUUGAAGACUUUCAAAUGAAGUGGGCUUUUGAAACUCUCCAACGAUAUCGUAAAAGGUUUUGCAUGUUCAAUGAUGACAUACAGGGAACUGCUGGUGUUGCACUAGCUGGACUACUGGGUGCUGUGAGAGCACAGGGUCGAUCUUUGCAAGACUUUGUGAAACAAAAGAUAGUUGUAGUGGGAGCUGGGAGUGCAGGAAUAGGUGUUCUUAAUAUGGCCAAACAGGCUGUUUCAAGAAUGACAGGAGAUAAUGGAAUGGAAAACCAUAAUUUCUGGUUACUCGAUAAAGAUGGUCUUAUAACAAAAGAGAGAAAGGAUAUUGAUGCAGCGGCUGCACCUUUUGCAAGAGGGUUUGGUCCAGGAGAAAUUGAAGGACUCAGGGAAGGGGCUAGUCUCACUGAAGUGGUUAAAAAAGUCAAACCCCAUGUGCUUCUCGGUCUUUCUGGAGUUGGUGGUAUCUUCAAUGAAGAGGUGCUUAAAGCCAUGCAGGAAUCGGAGUCCACUAGGCCUGCCAUAUUUGCAAUGUCAAAUCCUACCAUGAAUGCUGAGUGCACAGCUGCUGAUGCAUUCAAGCAUGUGGGAGAAAACGUAGUCUUUGCUAGUGGGAGCCCUUUCGCAAAUGUUCAUUUUGGGAAUGGAAAGAUAGGUCAUGUUAAUCAAGCAAAUAACAUGUAUUUAUUUCCAGGGAUUGGUCUGGGAACUCUUCUGUCAGGUGCUCAUUUUAUUUCAGAUGGGAUGCUGCAAGCUGCUGCUGAAUGUCUUGCAUCAUAUAUGACAGAUGAAGAAAUCCAGAAUGGCAUCCUUUUCCCUUCUAUAUCUAGUAUUCGGCACAUAACAACACAGGUUGGAGCAGCUGUUGUGCAAGCAGCUGUUGCUGAAGAUCUAGCUGAAGGGCAUGGCGAAAUAGGGCCCAGAGAGCUCAUGCACAUGUCAAAGGAGGAGACUGUGGAAUAUGUGGCACGUAAUAUGUGGUACCCUAUCUACAGCCCCCUUGUUCAUGAGAAAUAAGGGUCACAUUUUCAGCAAUUUUUGGGGAGGUUCCAGGCAGUUAUACCAUAAUUAUUGCCUCUCAAAUGAUCCUUGCCAUAAUUUUUUUGCCUGAACUUGCAGAUUUAAGUAUUUAAAAGAAAAAAGAAAUGCAGUAACCAGAAUUAUGUUGAGUCUGCCGUCUGCAUCACUCCUAUUGUUUCUUCAACGUUCCAACUUAGGAAUCAGGAGUCUCCGUACUCCUCUCCCCACCCUUUGUUCAUGGGAAAAUUUUUGGUCCUAAGGACCUUCCUUAUUUUACGAUCAAACUUUGCAUUAAAAAGCUAAAAUUUGAAUGGC